AUGCAGAAAUUAACCAAGAACUAUCAAAACUAUGUUGAGUUAUUGACAGAAAAUGAUUACAUCCUGGCUUUACCUACUAAUACUAUCCUUUAAAAUUGCACAAUUGAUGAAAUAUUCAUUCUUGAGCACAUUAUGAUAAAUUCUUUCGACGGUAAAGAGCUGUAGUCUCUAAAUGGGAAGUCUUAUGAGGUUAAAGAUAAGAAACUUGUCUAAUCACAAAAUAAGCAAAUAGAAGUGCAGAUCAUAUCAAGAGAUGUUUAUUAUGCAAACAAUGGGGCGUCAAAGCACUUUGGCCGUAUAAUUAUUAGUAAUAGUUUGGAUUAAAGGUUUUUUGAUAAAAAUUAUCAUCAGUAGUCUUUAAUUGAAGACAAUCAAGAUUUGGGACAAAUGUCUGCUAAGAAAGUCAUGCGUGAUCCAUUUGAACUAGUCUAAUUCUUUAAACAAAGAGUGUUCUUUGAAAUGGAAGAAAAUUAUGAAGACUUUUUGGAGGAAAUAAGGAUACUGAAGGAAAAUCAUAUUUUAAUGAAGGGUCAUGAACACAAUUAAAGCAAAUACUUCAAAAGGAUAGCUGAAAACUUAAAGAAAAAUCUCUUAAAGACUGAUUCAGUAUAGGAGGAGUUUGGAAGAGCUAAUGAUAAAGACAAAGAUAUGGCUAUAGACAACUUUGUCGAAACGUAAUAUUUCAUGGAUUAAUUAAUGAUUGAUAGUUUGAUAUAUGAGAGGAUAGGGUCAUACCUAAGAAGAAAUUUGAUUAAUAUGUAUCAAGAUGAAGAAAGAAAAUUUAAUGAAAAAGUAAAAAAUAUUCAUAGAAUUUACAAGGGAAAUCUCAAGAGAUUCAAUGAAAUAUUUGAGUCAAACUUCAAAACAGAUAUUACUCCUAAGAAAUCUUUACAAAUCUUCAAGGUCUUCUUUAGAUGCCAAAUUCCUUAUGAAAUGUUCUUCACCCUAAAUGAAACAUUGAUGAUGGCUACUGAGGAAUAUGCACAUUUAAUAGGUAAAUCAAAGAGUACAAUUGAUGCUUUUGCACUUAAAAAUUAUUUGGUUCUAAUUAUUAUUCAUGCAAGAGAUUAACUUGAGAAAGAAGAAAAAUAAUUUAACUUUUUAUCCAGAAUGCUUUUGAUGGAGCAUUUUGCUGUAAACGUUUUUGGUUUCGGUGAGGAGUAUUAUUCAUUUGUGUCUUUCAGAGAUGCUGAAAGCAUGAUAUUGUAGCAUGGAUCAUCAUAAUGA